AUGCACCAUGUAGAUUCCGAUGGUGUUAACCCUUCACAAGCUUCAACGAUUAAAUUACUAACUAUUGAUUCAUUUCAUGAUUCACAAUCCAAAGAUGAAGAAGAAUUGGCUCGCAUUCAAGCUGAAGAAGAGAUCGAAAAGGCUCGAAGGACAGCUCUUAAAGAUUUGGCCUCAAAACAAGUUGAAAAGGCCGCAAAGAAACGCAAGAAAGUUAUUUAA